CUCGUAUUCAUGGAAAUGAGUUGUUGCCGAUCCGCUGACGGAAGAGAGUACAUGUUAACCCGGAAAGGGUUGGCAAAGCCGCCGAUCGAAUCGAGGCUCGAACAAGAGGUACUUGUUGUAGCCGCCGCAAUCGACUUGCUCCUCAAUCACAACUUCCACCCACCCCCACAUAGGCGGCUAUUCAACACCUAUUCCUGUGCCCUUUUACGCUUAUUUAAAAAUUCCCCGGUUUCACCUACCCAAAACCUGAGACAUCUGCGCCUUUGGCUUCGAUACUUGCCAAUCGAACAAUCCGUACGUCGUCUUGCGAUCCACUGGGAGGUCGCCCGAGCGCUUCUCCAGGACAACACGAGCCGCUUACCGCAACUGCGCCGUCGCAAAAGCUUCGGCGUAAGGCGAUCGAGCGGAAACCGCUGGCCCAGCCGGUAUCUAUGAGCCUUUCAACAAAUCUGAGGUCGUCGAGGUCGCAUACCCCCCGGAUAAGCUCUGGAGCGCAUCCCUCUCAGCCGCCCCAUGGUGGUGUGGGUGUAGCGCUGUCAGCAUGGCCGCCUUCGUGCGAGUGUCGGGGCCGCCGAAUGGCAACUUUCUGAUCGGAUAUCCAGGUAUAUCCGCAACUAUGCCUCGUAUUGAAGGCAAGGUUGAGAUCAGGCCUAGUGUCGGCAUUACGGCGCCCGUCAAUAUAUCUCUCGUUACUAUUUCCCUUCACCGUCGUGAGACAAUACACCCGUCGGCAGAUUCCGUUACCAAGAAACACCUGGCCCCUCCUCGGAAAGAGAUGACAGAUAUCGUGGGCAAGGAGAUGCUGCUGUUUCGCUGCCCCGCCGGUCGAGAAUACGAGGAGGUUAUUUCCAUGGACCUGCCUUUCGUCCUUUUCAUCCCCUUCGGCCGCAGUGGGAAAGAUGCGACUCGGCGAGUCCCCCCUGCGAGUUUACAGCUUCCGAGUCGAACGGCCGAGACAUACUACGAGAUUGUGGUGAUGGUCCAACAAGGACAUUCAGAUCAGAGAAAAUACCCGUUUCCAGUGCCAAUUGCGCGCUACGAUACACUUUCUACAUUUGGGAUGUAUAACCGUCCCGAGCUAGCAGAACGGGUAACAGAUCACUUGGUCACUCUGGGCAUCUCAUUACCACGAUGGUCUUAUGGCCCACUUGACCCAGUGAGUGUCUAUGUCAAACUAUCUCCAAACCCGGAUUGGAUGAGCAAAGCUCGGAAGGUUACAAUAAGCAAGAUUACAAUUGGCAUCGACGAAGAAAUCAUAUAUAACCACGAAGGUGAUGAGCCGCAGAGGAAAGUGAAAACCUUAACAAAGAGGACUGAGCAUAUUGGAAUGAAGCUGCCACCGUCGGGUUUCCUAACAAACCUCGGCUUAGUAUUUCCAGCGAAGGAUAUGCGAGAUUCCGAGGGAAUACUUCCUAGAGGGAAAGCUCCUUUUCCUAUGUAUGCUGUGAGCGGGUUCACGACCACCGCAACCCUUUAUAAGAUUGAGUACUACUUAACGGUAAAGGCCCACUUGACAUCUGCAAGGGAUAUUGUUAUUCGACAGCCAAUAGUUGUCUGCCCUCUUGAUCACGCCGGGUGUAAAGAAGAAAUGGAAGCUAUUGAGCAGGCCGCUCGAGAUGCUGUCCAUGUGAACCCAGAUAACCCCAUGUUACCCUUACCCUCGAUAGUACGACCCAGUGACCCUAACGCUCUUCGUCAUCUCGGAGUAGCCAUUGUCGGUAACCAGAAGAAGCCUUUGAUCGAUUGAGUAAAGGCAAUGAUUAAACUUCUGGAUAUCCUCAUUGGGAGUCCGACGUCUUGCUCAAUUUUGGUAGUGGAGGUUUCCACUCUUACUACACCGAACAUACAAGAUAGGACUCAGCCUGCACUGCGAGAAUCGCGUGCAAUUCCCAGCUCGCCAAAUAGCCGAGCACGAUCACGUUUCACGAAUGCAUGGGUCCCGGAGUUAUUUGUUGCAUGGUGUUCAUGAUAGCCUUUGUAUUUCGUCUUCGCUGGCCGGGAGGAAAACGGGGUGUUUGGGUUUGAUUAGCAUUCAGGGAGGGACCCCGUUGGCCAGGGGUCACUUGUUUUUCGAUAUCAUUCCCUAACUGUGUACGCUCAAUCUAAUAUGUAAGAUCUACUGGUAGAGUCUGAGAAAUCAACCAAGCGCAUCUAUGCACAAGGAUUGACUGUGUA